AGUUCUUGAAUGCAGCAAAAAGCUCCUGGUGACGGAGAAGCGGUUGGGAGGGAGCUGCCAGCAUCGUCUCAUACCGUCGGUGGACAGAAAGCUCCGUGUCCGCGGAGAUAUGGAGACGCCGGGGAGAAUAGCAACCACACCGGACGCUCUGGACUUUACGGUGGAAAACGUAGAGAAGGCUCUCCAUCAGUUGUAUUAUGAUCCAAAUAUAGAGAACAAGAAUCUGGCCCAGAAAUGGCUGAUGCAAGCUCAAGUUUCACCUCAGGCCUGGCAGUUUUGCUGGGCCCUACUUAGCCCGGAAAAGGUGCCUGAGAUUCAGUACUUCGGGGCCAGCGCGCUUCACACCAAAAUCUCCAGGUACUGGUCGGACAUCCCCACAGACCAGUACGAGUCACUGAAGAGCCAGUUGUUCUCCCAGAUAGCCUGCUUCUCCUCCGGCUCCAAGAUGGUUCUCACCCGGCUGUGCGUGGCGCUGGCCUCUUUGGCGCUCAACACGAUGCCAGAGGCCUGGCCCGGCGCCGUGGCGGAAAUGGUCCGGGUGUUUCAGGAGGAGGGGGGAGGGGUGGACGGCCGGGCACGCUGCCUGGCUUUACUGGAGCUGCUCACUGUGCUGCCCGAGGAGUUCCAGACCAGCCGCCUGCCGCAGUACCGAAAGGGACAGGUGCGGGGAGCCCUGGGCCGGGAGUGGGGGUCAGUCUGCCCCUUACUGCAACAACUGCUGCGGCGGGCCGAUAGCCCCGGGGCAGUUAAAGCCCGCGUGCUGCGCUGUCUGUCGUCAUGGGUGCUGCUGGACGUGCCCCUCAACGAGAGCGAAGGACUGGUGCACGACUGCUUCAGCGCCCUGUCCGACCCGGAGCUCUUCGACACGGCAGUAGAGGCUAUAGUCAACGCCAUUUCUCAACCCGAUUCCCAAAGAUAUGUGAACACAUUACUGAAGCUGGUUCCUCGAGUGUUGGCCCUCCAGGAUCAGCUGAGGGAGGCUGUGCAGAACGGAGACAUGGAGACCUGCCAUGGGGUCUGCCGGAUCGCUGUGACUCUGGGAGAGAACCACUCUAGGACUCUGUUGGAGCAGGUGGAUCACUGGCAGAGCUUCCUGGCUUUAGUCAACAUGAUCAUGUUUUGCACAGGCAUCCCCGGCCACUAUCCAGUCAAUGAGACCACUAGCUCCCUUACACUUACCUUCUGGUACACACUACAGGAUGAAAUCAUGUCGUUUGAGUCAGAGAAGCAGGCGGUGUACCUCCAGGUCUACAGGCCAGUGUAUUUCCAGUUGGUGGACGUGCUGCUUCACAAAGCCCAGUUCCCCUCGGACCAGGAAUAUGCAUCCUGGUCCUCGGAUGAGAAGGAGCAGUUCAGGAUUUACAGGGUGGACAUCUCAGACACACUCAUGUAUGUGUAUGAGAUGCUGGGAGCAGAACUGCUGAGUAACCUGUACGAUAAACUAGGGAGGCUAUUGACAAAUACAGAGCAGCCUACGUCAUGGCAGCACACAGAAGCUUUGCUGUAUGGCUUCCAGUCCAUAGCAGAAACAAUAGAUGUGAACUAUUCUGACGUCAUCCCAGGCUUGAUAGGACUCAUCCCUCGAAUCAGCAUCAACAACGUCCAGUUAGCCGACACGGUCAUGUUCACAAUAGGCGCUCUGGCUGAAUGGUUAGCGGAUCACCCAGUGAUGCUCAGCAGUGUCCUGCCUUUGGUUUUACAAGCGUUAGGAAAUCCAGACCUUUCCGUAUCGUCUGUUUCAACCUUAAAAAAAAUCUGCAGGGAAUGCAAAUAUGACUUGCCACCCUACGCAACCAACAUCGUAGCAGUUUCUCAGGAGGUGCUUAUAAAACAGAUCCACAAGACCAGUCAGUGCAUGUGGCUGAUGCAAGCUCUGGGAUUCCUGCUUUCCGCUCUGCCUGUGGAGGACAUCUUGAGAAACCUUCAUUCCCUCAUCACCCCCUACAUUCAGCAGCUAGAGAAGCUAGCUGAUGAGACGCCUAAUCCCUCCAAUAAGCUGGCAAUCAUUCACAUCCUGGGGCUGCUGUCCAACCUGUUCACAACCCUCGACAUCAGCAAGCAGGACGAUGAGUCGGCUGACGGCUCUGCACCACCUGUCAAAGCAACCCCUCCCCCUCCAGGACCAAAUCCGGUGGUGGUCGUUUUGCAGCAGGUUUUUGCCCUCAUACAAAAGGUUCUGAGCAAGUGGCUGAAUGACUCGCAGGUUGUGGAGGCGGUGUGUGCCAUCUUCGAGAAAUCUGUGAAGACCCUCCUGCAUGACUUUGCCCCCAUGGUGUCUCAGCUAAGUGAGAUGCUUGGCCAGAUGUACAGUACAAUUCCCCAGGCAUCAGCUCUUGACCUGACACGACAGAUGGUGCAUAUCUUCGCCAGCGAGACAGACCACUUCCCACCAAUCAAGGCUCUGUUUGAGCUGGUUACCUCGGUAACACUGUCCAUCUUCCAGCAAGGACCCAGGGAUCAUCCUGAUAUUGUUGAUUCAUUUAUGCAACUCCAAGCUCAGGCCCUCAAACGGAAGCCCGACUUGUUCUUGUCAGAGAGUCUUGACGUGAAAGCGGUGUUCCACUGUGGAAUCCUGUCACUCAAAUUUCCCGAGGCCCCGACGGUCAAGUCGACAUGUCUGUUCUUUACUGAACUGCUGCCGCACUGCUCAGACGUCCCUCCGUUAGCCAGGGUGGUGCAGGAGGACGGCAAGCUGUUGGUCCAAGCUGUGCUGGAGGGCAUCGGGGGCGGAGCAUCCCGGAGUCUGAUGGACCAGUUUGCUGAAGUGUUGUUCAACCUCAACAAGCACUGCUUCUCGCUGCUCGCCGUGUGGCUGAAAGAAGCACUGCAGCCUCCGGGCUUCCCGUCGUCACGCGUCACCACCGAGCAAAAGGACAACUUCUCCCAGCAGAUCCUCAGAGAGCGAGUAAACAAGAGAAGAGUAAAGGACAUGGUGAAAGAGUUUACACUGCUGUGCAGAGGUCUGCACGGCACAGAGUACGCUGCUGAAUACUGAAGCACUGCCCCACCAGCUCCCAGCUAAUCGUAACCUUCGUCCUCAGUGCAAAUACCCAGAUGCCCACAGCAACAAAGUUCUCUUCAAGCCCAUAAAGACAUCGAGAAACGAUUGUAACGAUAAUCCAUCCAGCCGCAGGACAAAGACACGGAGCCCCGUUCCAGCACAGAGCUGCCGUCGGAUAAGCGAACAAAACUCCAACUCCCAGCAGGCCUCAGAGAGAGCCUCCUCCUUGCUGCAUUGAUUCUUUCACUGUUAAAAGAUUGAUUGCCUCUUCCUCCUCUCUUUUCUCCUUUUUAAAGGUCAUUUCAUUGGAAGGAUUUUGAGCAGCACACCCAGCAUGCUGCCUAACGUCGCCUCCUAUCUCUGGCUUGUUCUGCCUUUCUAGCUCUUCCUGUGGUUCCCUAGGUUUGUUUCCUGGUAAUUAGCAUCUAUAUGAAAUGGUAGUGGUAUCGUACGUAGCUACUUGACAUUAUUUUUCAAAGUAAACCAAGGUAAUUAUAUAAAUGUAUAUGUAAAUACAAGUAGGUGGUUUCAGUCCUGCUGCUGCUAAUGGGACACAAAGGUGCAUUGUUUUGGGGGGUGGGGGGUUCUGCAGGAAGUUAACCCAAUAUUUGCUCCAGCUCACGGCCCGCCCUGUGGUCUCUGCGUUAGUCAAAUUAUAUUAAUUGUUUUGUGAUUUUAUUUUUCUAUUUCUUAAAAGGCCUUUUCUAGGGUGUCGGUAGAGAAAGGUAGAUUGAAAACCACAAUAUUUGGACUUUAUACAGUCAAAUAAUUCAUCAAGCCCUCUUUAUUAGGGGCUGUACCUCGUGUACGUGUCAUCCUACCCAGUCCUACUGCAGUCUCGCUCUUUACCAUGAGGUAAAGCAGGACUGCUGAGAACAAUGGCAGGAGGGAAACCGUAUCCCGGUAACCAGCGCCAUGAUGGAAGCUGCUAAGAAGGAAACUAGGCAUUUCUGACAGUGGGCUCCUUAGUCACUGUAAUUGUGCAAAAAUAAUAACCCGAGUUGUGCAUAUUAACAGUUACUGCUGAACACUUGUGUAUUUGAGUGUACGGGUGUGAUUGUAUCUGUAUGUACGAGAGGUUUGCACAUAUAUAUUCCUUAUCCCCCCCCCUUACUCAAUUGUUCUGUGCACUUAUAUUGGACCUAUGGUACAAAAGCAUUGUUUUCUUUUCGGCUGGUAUUCAAAGAGCUCGUUUUGUCCUUCAAGCCUCGCUCACUCAGGCAACCCUCUUCAGAAAGACUGACCUGGAGCAUCUAACACUCCUUGAACUCUCAUUGCCUUUUUGUCAAACCAGACUCGUCCAUCCAUGUCAUUCUCACCGAGCACUUCUAUUAACAAACGCUUGCGUUCAAGCUGCCCAGAAUCCUCUGGGUCACUGCCUUGGAGGGGAUUGGGAAGGGUCAGAGCACCACGACGUAAGAUUGCCCGAUGGAGAGAGUUUCCUCACGCCGACAUUCUGUGCUCAUCCUUUACGCCUGUGACGCUACGGCUGUAAAUUAAAACUGUCUUUGUGAAUCAGCAGCACUCGGCAUCUAAACGUACCUUGUGAUCUCUGAUAAAACUUUUAUCUCAGUAUAAUCCUUCUGUCUUAUCCGAGGUGCCUGCAGACAUGUAGCAUGUAUGUGUUUAGGGGUGGAAGGGGGAUUUUGGGAGGGGGCAACAGUGGACGAAGACAGAGACCCAAGACAGGAAUCACUUUUGAUCCAAGCCGCUUCGCUUUAGUUCUAUAACUACAAUGAACGUCUUGCUGUUCAACACUGAUCCCUGGUUUGUUUUAUGCUCUUAGUCUAAAGUGAGAGAAGGAGCG